ACAGAGUUGCAGGUCCGGACAAGGACACAGGGAGCUGAUCAACCUACUUGGGGACUUUCUUUUCAUCACACUCUGGACCUUGCCUCUUUGUAUGAGAAAAUACGUGAAUUUCCAGAAAAGCAGCAUCACAGAAGCUUUCAGCAAAGAAAAGCAGAUCUAUCCCCUCCGUGAGGGAGCAAUCACAAUUUUUUAUUUUCAUUAACAAAUUUAUUAAGAGGACUGUCAUCAUACUUUAAAGACAUCUGCUGGAUUUUGUGGCCAAUCAAAAACCAAUCCAGAAGACAACAACCAAACAUUCAGAAUAGACGCUUCUUGAGUUUUAAAGAUGGCAGACAACAUCAUGAAGUUAUCUCAAGAAAAGAAGCUUGAUGCUGAUCUACCUUUACCACCUCCCCCCGAAUCAGUACAUCAUUCUGUUACAGUAACUGGUGCACAAGAUCAAAGCAAUUUGCCUCCACCACCACCAAAAGAGUCAUUUUCUAAGUUCUAUGAGCAGCGACAAGCCAAUGAGGUAAAAAGACUUUAUCGCCAUAUGCAUCCAGAGUUGAGGAAAAAUUUAGAACAUGCUGUGACUCAAGACAUUAAUGAAUUAUUAAGCACAGCAGAUGAGCCUAACCAACCAACUUCAGUCAAUCUGGAUGCAGCGUUGCCAGUGGAGGUGCAAUCCAUGCGUUGGAUCUUUGAAAAUUGGAAUCUGGAUACUAUUGGAGAACAUCAAGGUAGUCGGAAAUUGACUGAAGAAGAGACUGUACUUGGGGGAAAUGUUAGAAAUACGUCUCAAAUGUUUCAAGGUCAGACAUGUGUAGAUGGUAGCAGGUCCUCUCCUGUCAUGCUUGGGAAGGAUCAAAGAACAGGUGAUGUGAAGACAGCCUUGUGGCUGUUUGAAACCCAGCCACUUGAUUCAUUAAACAAAAUCUAUCCCGAAGACACAGAAGUUCAAGAGGCGGUUUUAAAAGACCCAGUGGAAAAGGGUGAUGUGAAGGGCACCAAAAUGCUUUUCGAGACACAAUCUCUAGAUGGGGUGGGCCGCUGCAACUCUGUAGAAGAACACAAUAUCCUUCAGCUCAAAUCUGAAAUACAAGAGAUGAAAGGAGAUGUGAACAAAACUAUUAAAACCUUCCAGACUGAGCCUCUCUGUGCAAUCAGAGACAAAACAGGAAAUAUUCAUGAAAUUAAAUCCAUUUGUAGGGAAGAAACACAGAGCAACAAUGUAAACACGGCAAGAUGGUUGUUUGAAACCCAGCCCUUAGACACUAUUCACAAGGAUACCUCCAAAGUUCAGAUUAUAAGAGGGAUUUCCUUGGAGGAGAUCGCUAAGGGGGGAGUGAAUGCAACUAAGUGGGUAUUUGAAACUCAACCCUUGGACACAAUAAAAGAGCACAUAGAAGAAGAAUUCCAGGCAUCUGUAGACACAAUCCAAGGAGGGGAUGUCUCAAAUCAAAGCAACGUAUUUGGGAAGCAAUAUCUGAACUCUAUAAAUGCCAACACUGAAAGUAAAAUUUCAACCACAGAAGAAAUAGUUGCUGGUGAUGUGAAGUCCACACUAUGGCUUUUUGAAACACAACCAAUGGAGACACUCAAAGGAAGCAUGGAAUUUAGCGAGCUGAAAAAAGUUGAACUAUCAAGUGAAGAAAAGGGAGAUGUCAAACAAAGGAAACAUGUGUUUGAAACUUGUUCACUGGACAAAAUUUCCCACAAAGAAGAAGAAUCUAGUGGGCAGACUGAAACAGACAUAAAAGAUAUUGUUAAAGGGGAAGUGAAAUCAUUUAAAAAUCUCUUUGAAACACUUCCGCUGGAUAGCAUUCAAUCCAUUAAGAGUGUUCAUGUUUCUAGCCAGGAAGACAUAAACGUAGGAAAUGUGAAGGCAACUCAGGCACUGUUUGAAAACACACCACUGUAUGCCAUUGAGGACAGUUUGGGCAAUUAUCAUGAAGUCACAUCUGUCAAUCGGGAGCAAAUAGUUAGUGGUGAUGUUAAAAAUUACAAAUGGAUGUUUGAAACAAAACCACUAGAUCAAUUUAAUGAUGGCACCCAAAAAGUUGACAUCAUUAAAGGUAUUACUAAGCAAGAGACUGUCUCUGGAGAUGUGGGAACAGCCAGAUGGCUCUUUGAAACUCAGCCUGUUGAUGUAUUUUCAAAAGAUACACACAGUGCACCCCAGAAAGAAAUGUUACAGAAAGGUGAUGUGAAGAAAUGCAGAUGGCUGUUUGAAACCCAGCCCAUUGAUAUAUUAUAUGAAAAAUCAGAGAAACCAGAAAAGGAAGCUUUAAUCCAGGGUGAUGUUAAGUCCUACACUUGGAUGUUUGAAACUCAACCAUUAGAUUCCAUCAAAGACUCUGGAGAAUGUUACAUAAAUGUGAGCAGUGCUUCUCAGUGUGAUUUAGAAGGUGUCAAUGUGAAAACAACCAAACAUUUGUUUGAGACUGAACCUUUAGACAGUGUUUCCUCUUCUAGCAAGUUCCGAAAAGUGAUCCGAUACACAAGUCGUGUUGAAAUCCAAUCAGGUGAAGUCUCGAGAGUGAAGGAGAUUUUUGAAUCAAUGCCAAAUGAACAAGUUGCUUUACUGAAAACAGAUAUUCCUACAGAAGAAAACAUACACGUUGGUGCUGUAAACAAAUUCACCUGGCUUUUUGAAAACUGCCCAAUGGAUUCUAUAAAAAACAACAAAAAUGGGUUUCAAGAGCUACCCCUAGAAAAAGAUAUCCAAUAUGGUGAUGUUGGAGGUAAAAAAUUCAUCUUUGAAACCUAUUCAUUAGAUCAGAUCCAUCAAGAGUUUGAUGAGAAGGAGAUUAGCAAAGUACAAGAAGCUCUCACCACUCAAGGAGAUGUAAAAUCCUGUACCAUGCUUUUUGAAUCCAAGCCACUGUAUGCUAUACAAGACAAAUGUGGCGAAUACCAUGAAGUGACAUCAGUAAAAAAAGAAGAAAUCCAGAAAGGAGAUGUGAGCGGUGCAAAAUGGCUGUUUGAAACGAAACCUCUUGAUAGAAUCAAUAAAGAUGAGGAAGUGUUUGUUAUUAGAGCUGUCACACAAGAAGAUAUUGAGAAGGGCUGUGUUAAGGCUGCAAGGUGGAGAUUUGAAACAGAACCACUUGAUACCAUUACUGAUAUUGAAAAACAUGCUGUAAGAACAGUUGAUGACAUUCAAAAGGGUGAUGUCCAAUUAAAUAAACAGCUUUUUGAAACAGAACAAGUUAGCCAGAAGAAGUAUGUACGACUGGUUAGUGUUAGUGAUGUUCAGAAAGGAGACGUUAGAACUUCUACAUGGCUCUUUGAAAACCAACCCAUUGAUAGCCUGAAAGGGGAGGAUCAAGAACAUCAGGGGAUAAUAAAAGUGCAAAGAGAAGAUAGCCAAAAGGGCGAUGUCAAGAGAUGCACUUGGUUAUUUGAGUCUCAACCACUGGAUAGCCUAAAAGAUACAGAAAGUCCAGAUACUCUUCACACCACAGAAGAUAUUCCAAAAGCUAAUGUAAAAAGCACCACAUGGCUAUUUGAAAGUACACCUCUUGACAAAAUUGACUUGAAACAUUCAACUAGUAUUGAACAAAGAGAAAUAAACAUAAAAGAUACCCUUGAUGCAUUUUUCUCACGCAAAAUUAUUCAGAAUAAAGGAAUUGUCAUAGAAAACAUCCACGGUGGGAAUGUGAAAAUGAUAAAAUAUCAGCUAUCAACACAAACUAAUGUGGAUAUCCAAAAGGAAGAAACCGUUGGUGGAAACCUUCAAAGAAUACUUUUACAGUUACUCCACAGAGCUGAUGUUGAACCUCAUGGGAUCCUGGUUGAAGAAAGCGAUAGCAGACAUCUACAAAUGAUCAAGUUAAAUCUAUUAAAUACAGUUCAGUCAAAAGAAGACAAAGAGUCUGUCAGGGAUGAUGUAGAAAAAGCCAUCAAGAUAUUGCUGAAUGAAGAUGACUCUCACAAAACUGGCAUUAUAAUGGAAGAGUCAGAAAGAGGCUCUGUAAAAAUUAUUAUUUACUCUGUUUCAUCACAUUGUAAAUUUAAUGAGGCUGGUGAGGUUGUUGCCAAAGGGGAUGUUAAAUCCACUAUUGGCUCUCUCAUUGCUUGUAGCCAGGACAGCCAACCAAAAUUCUCAGUGUCACGUGAACAAAAUGAGAAAGGAAAUGUUCAAUUAUACACAAGCUGCAUUGAGAAAGGUGAUCUGGGGUACCUAAAAAGUCUUCAAGCAGAGUCAGAAAUAGAUGCUCUUACACUAUAUGAAAGCAACCCUGUUCAUCAAGAAACUGCCACAGAGCAAAAUAACACAGCGAUACAAAAAGACAACCAAAGCACUAGAAGCUCAGAAUGUGUAUAUAUUACAUCCCCCCCUGUAUUUCACCCUGUACAACCUCAGCAACAGUUGAAGAAAUGCAUAACAGUGAAUACAGCAGAAGCUAAUAACCAAAAAGCUACAACAGGGUGCAAAGUAGAGAAAAAAGACAUCACUCUGAAUGAUGAAAGACAAAUCAGCUCCACACUGCAGAAAUCUGCAGUCAGCAAACACACAACUGAAGAAAAGAAGCAGUCUACAUCACUUAAAGAAUGUUGUGUUGGGGGUCUCGCCUCCAAUACAGUAAAAGACACUUCUAGAGAUACUAGUGAUCUUCAAGCUGCAUUGUUGGAUCUGCGUCAAAUCACAGCUGAAGCGAAAAGCAUUCAAAAACAGGUUCAAUGCAAAAUCCAGAAAACCAACAAAGAAGUUGAAUGUACCAAACAGGUUGUAAUGGAGAACACUGCGCAACCCAUUCAAGCAGCAAUACAUCAAGAAUGUGCAUCUGCAAAGCAAACCAUAAGUGUCACAACUAAAGCUCAAGAAACACGGACAUCUUAUGCAAGUCUUCAGAAAUCUACCACCUCCACAAAAAAGGUCAGUGAUUCUGGAAAGGAGGAGAAAGAGGCUGCUAAGGGGAGUAGGGAGGUUUCUGUAGAAAGAACUAACAGUAUUACAGAUAAUGCUGAGUCACCCAAACAAGCAAAAAAUUAUUUAAAUCCCUUUAUUGAUGAUGAAUAUAAAACACAAUUAGAGCAAGAGGAAAGAGACCAAGAUAUUGUCAGAGGAGAUAUAAAGGCAGCAAUCAGAGCAUUACAGAAUGCUUCAACAGAACAAAGACUAAUAGAAAAGGAAGAAGUUGUAAGAGGUGAUUUAACAUCUGCCCUGCAGUCGCUCCAAAGCUCUAAUGUUAAUGUAUCAAAGGGUGACUUUAAAGCUGCAAUGAUAUACAGAAAUGCAGGUCAGUCUUAUGCUGCUAGCAAAAGAAAGGAUAAUAACCAGCAGAUAAAAAAUGAAGCUCUCAUUAAGUCGGUACACCCAUCUGACAAUGACUCUCCUCCUUCUUCAGCUACUGUAACUGGACAAGAGAAGUACCAACCACCCAACACAAGUGAUGCUGAUGCAACAAAAGAUGACUCUGAAAAGAUGAAUGAUUCUGUAUUGAAGUUUGCAGAGCCCAUUAACCAAAAGGCAAGUGAAAACACAUCUGACAAGAAUGUGAACACAAAAAGUCCAACACAAAGAAAAAAGCCAGUGCCACCACCAAAGCCAAAACAUCUUCUCCCGGGGAAAUGUCCCCCACCUCGUCACCGAGCUAAAACCCCCAUGACUUCAACACCAGCUUCAUCUCCACCACCUACUACUCCAACUGAUAACUGUUCAACAAUUUUACAAUGCAAUGAGCUCGAACAGGCCCAUGCUUAUUCUGGUGGUCCAUCUAAGUUUUCUAAAUCCAAAAAAGACAUGCCUACCGAUAGUAUAAACAUGACAUGCAAUGAAAAAAAUACCAGUGCCACCAAAAGCCAAACCUUCGAGGAUGAAUUUACAUUAAUGACAAAAACUCAAAAUACUACACCAGUCAGUGAAGUAAAAGCUUCUACAGCACAACCAGAACAGUUAGAACCUAUUUUAGAAGAUAAAUCCAUAAUCUACCAACCUUUAGAAAAUAAAGAUAAUGUAAUAGACAAGACAAAUAUUACAUUAACUGAAACAAGUGAUAGUUGUAAUCACAGUGAUAACAAAGGCGUUGUAAUGAGGGCAAAGAAAAGAAAAGAAACAGAAGAUGAAAAAUGGAAACGAUUAUCUAUUCAUAUGGAUGAAAUUAUGAAGGAUAAUGUCAAAGCAGCAACAGACAUUUUUGAAAACUUGAAAAAGCAAGAUGAACUUGAGACAAUUUUGAAAAAAGUAGAAGAACUGGAAGAAGAGGCCAGUAAUGUAGAUAUAAAGUCUGUGAAGGGUUUAUUUGAGACUGUUCCAGAAUGGAUCGCAACCGAUAAGGAAAAAGAAACUCCACAUCUAAAGCAACAGGAAGGGCACACAAAUGAAAGCUUUGAGAUGCUAAAAGAUGAUGCAGAAAGUGUCUCGUCAGUGGAACUUGCCUUUGAGGAUCUUGAAAAGGCAAGUGCUGAAAUAAAGAAUUUAAAAGAACAGACAUUAGCAAGGCUUCUAGAUAUUGAGGAAACAGUUAAGAAGGCCCUAUAUUCAGUUUCAAAUUUAAAAUCAGAGUCUGAUAUUGCAAGUCUUUCAAGUCUUUUCCGUGAAUCUCUUGAAACCUCAUCAAAUACAUCUCACAAUAUUAGAAAAAUUAGCAUUGUUUCCAGUAAGUCAAAACCAGAGAGAACAACACAAUCAUUAGGACAAAAAUAUGCAUAUACUAAGAACCACCUAGAAGUAAUAGAAAAUAAGAAUACAGAGCUGGAGGUGAAUGCUAUUCCAAGUCGCCUGUCUCCUACAUCCCCUUCAUUUAUAAGCAUAGAAUCUACAGCCAGAAAGUCAACACAACAAAAUGGAAACUGUUCAUCCUCAACAAUGAAUUUAAACAAAAAUGGUCAAGAUUGCACAGAUCCAUUCAUCCAGUUGAGUAUUUCAGGUGACAAUGGUCAAUCUUCCUCAGCUGGACUUCUUGGUAUUCCAGCAGUUUAUGAACCUAAUAACACACCAUCGAGUCCUGGCUCUCAAAGACAAAAAAGUGUUCUAGAGCUGAAGACUGGACCUAAAGUAAUUGGAACGACAAUAGUGACAGAAAAAUAUGAACAAUCUGAUAAUUUUGGCAACACAAUUAUAAAGUCCAAAACAUCUACAACAGUAACUAAACAAUCUGACACUCAGAGUUCUUCGACGUAUGAAGUCGUAUCGGCUGCUCCUCGGUUUGAGCUGACUGCCUCCCCUCUUCUUGGAAGACAUGCAAUGCCAUUACCAGAAAAUUCCAACAGUAAAGGAAAUGAGACGGGUGUUGUGUUUGUUACUUUUGCCAACUCAAAACCAGCCAAAAAAUAAUAUUUUACUGGAAAGCCCAAGAACACAUUCUAAUUGUAUACUAAAAUGCUCUGGUCAUGUUAUACAAGACUGCAAUAGAUUGUAAUACCCGAUAAAUGUUAACUGAAGAUUCCUGCUAAUAAGAUUAUGCUCAUGUUUUGCAGCCAAAGUCUUUAUUAGUAAAAAAAAGAGUGGCAAUGUUCAUAUUCUGACUCCAAAAUUUUAAACUUUAAGUUAUUUUAUUGUCAGUUUCUUUAAACAGUGUUAGCACUUUCACCAAAUGAAGCCUACACUCUGGGCUACAGAGCAAAUGUUCUAUGCCAAAUGUUUCAAAAGGAAAAUAUUUUUGCCAUUCAAACAGCAGUAUUUAAUACUAAGUGUAGAAUUUCUUAGGAGACAAAGGCCCAAUUAUUGUAGGUUAGAACAACUAUUUUGCGUAAUUUAGGUCAGGAAUUUAUUUCCUGCUUUGUCCAGAUUCAAUAUUGCUGUAGCAAAAUGUACUAUCACUGGUACGUGUAUUUUUUCAAUAGGGAGAUGCUGUCUAGCUAUAUCACUAUAUGGAUAAGAAAAACACACAUUGAAAAAAAAAUUAAAUAUUGAAAAUAGCUUUAAAAAUGAAAGUAUAUCUAAAGUCCAAACCAUUUUUUUUUAAUGGUUAUAAUGGUAAUCGAUUUUUAUUGAUUUUUGCAAUAACAAAACGUGGAAUGCAAAUAAAUCAUGGUGUAGUUACUGACACAAUCAUGCAAGAACCAACGUCAAUAAGAUGAGUACUUUAUACAAGUAAAGUUAUUAUCAGGCAUUAGUGUAAACUACAACAUGCUGAAUGGAAACACAGAGAAAUUGCACAUACACAGUGGCUCAAAAAAAUAAGAUCUCAAUAUAGGUAGCAGUCAGGCAGUGGGAAUAACAGAAUAAGGGGGGAAAUAAACAGAUCAUUUAGGAAGAGAAAAAAGGUAAUGCAAGAGGGAAGAAGCAGAAAGGCAGGGAGGUGAUGGUUUAGCCCUACCCACAUGCCAGACAGACUACAAUCCAUUCCAGCUGGGGGAAAAUGUGUGAACCACAUGGUACCACAUGGCAGAAUAUUUUUGCAUUGUAUCGGUUAUCCUCGCCUCCACUUUCUCAUGUAGCAUUGUUUGUGCGAUACAAGAUUUGGCUUUGGAAAGAGUAAACCCAUAUGAGUGCCCCAUAGCAAGUGGUGGGCACUCUUUGGCUUUGCCAAUUGUUUGUUUAGCAGCUGUGGACAUGUUUUUUUUAUUUUAUCUCUGUCUCAUUAGGGAGAUUUACCUUCAUUUCACAUUCUGUAGACUCAAAGGGAAGUCAGGGGAUAUCUUUCUAGUAAUCUUUUCAGUGAGGGAAAUACCCUCUAAAGCCUCGUACACACGAUAGGUUAACCAGAGGACAACGGUCUGAAGGACCGUUGUCAUAGGUUAACCGAUG